AUGACGUCGGCGAUGCUGCCGGGGAAGGCGGAGAAGAGGAUUGCUUCGUCUGUGUUCAUCACCCUGGUGCCACCACGGAGGGAGGCGGCUGCCAAGGAGAGAACCCAGCGGGAGCGGCAGCUGGAUGGUGCUGAGGUCCCCAGCACCCAGCACCCCCACACCUCACCGCCACAGCCCCCUGAGUUGCCCAGUGGAGGAACCCACCCAGCAGCCCCUGUGCCUGUGUCCUCGCCAGUCCUCGUCCUCUCCGAAGCACCCAGGCCCUUGUCUGCAGAGGCCCUGGGGCCUGCGCUGCAGCAGCUGGACCUGGCAGCAUCCACCACCCUCCAGGCCCCUUCUGCCCUUCCUGCCGAACUGAGGCCACCCAAACUUAGCCAGGAGCAGGCAGGCAAAGCACCCUGGCAGGAUGCAAAUGGGCACCUGGAGAGCGACAACCCCAGAGACAUCUGUGCCUUCUGCCACAAGGCGCUGGGGCGCGGGGAGGCGGCGGUGGAGGCGCUGCGGAAGCUGUACCACGCCGGCUGCUUCACCUGCCGCACCUGCCAGCGGCCCCUGGCCGCACAGCGCUACUACCAGAGGGACGGGCGGCCCAUCUGUGACUCCUGCUACCAGGCCACGCUGGAGAAAUGUGCCAAGUGCCAGGGGCUGAUCGUGGAGCGCAUCGUCCGUGCCCUGGGCAAGGGCUACCACCCUGGCUGCUUCUCCUGCACCGCCUGCGGCCGCGCCAUCAGCACUGAGAGCUUUGCUGUGGACGAGUGGGACGAGGUGUACUGCGUGCCUGACUUCUACAGGUUGGGGGAGGAGGAAACAGGGCAGCAACCUCCCACACACACAUAUGGUGGGAGGGGGAGGGGUUCAGCUUGUCAGCAUCACCCCACAGGGCUCAGGCUGCUCUGGUUUGCUCCCAUCAGGAAAUAUGCCACAGUCUGCAGCGCCUGCGGGCUCCCCAUCAUCCCCAGCCAGGACAAGGACACCUACAAGAUUGAGUGCCUGGGACGCAGUUUCCACGAGGGCUGCUACCGCUGCGAGAUCUGUGGGAUGCCCCUGUCACCAGAGCCCACGGAGAAUGGGUGCUACCCCCUGGGUGACCACCUCCUCUGCAAGCCCUGCCACAUCCGCCGGCGACACGAGUCCUCCUGCUAA